UGUCAAGACGAACAUUUUUUGCAGUGCGCCCCGACUGGCACAAAAUGAGGGAGGAAUAGAGAGAGAGAGUGAGAGAGAAAGAGAGAGAUUGGGGUGGAGGAGUUGGAGGAGGGGGUGGUCCAGGAGAGCAUGGCCGCUGGAGCCGUAGCACUGCUGAUUUGGUUUGGUUCCUCCACAUUGAUAACACAGCUCGUCUUGCGCUCUUGGUUAUGUGGCGGAGCCGCUCGUCAGGAGACGUUUAACCCGGGGAUUGUGUGCGUUUACGCGCGGUGGACAGGUUCCAUUUACUGCUUGCGUUGUUCUUCGGCGGGGCAAGAGCCCUCGGGCAGCUGCGGGUUCAGUCGGAGCUGAAGCUGCUGGCUUGAGUCUUCUUAGUAAUUCACACUGACCAGGAGAAGUCCCGAGCUGGAGACAGCUACGGCACAAGGACUGCGUUUCUUCCUGCCUGCAUGGUUGAACAUUUAUUCUCUCAUUAAAAAAACAAACAAACAAAUAAAGCCUAAAACAAAACAGAAACAAAAAACAUUUUUCCUCUAUGUACGCAACGUUGACUCCUGCCUGGGAAAUUCAGUGCAAGUUGGAGAAACUGUUGACUGCGCUGCGCGGAGUUAAGCCGGAUGAAGAGUGUUCGUGGCUCUGCUAGAAAUACUGUAGAUGUUCACUGUCUGCUCACUACUUUUAAGUAGAACUCUUUGAUUCAGGCGCAUGAUCAGUAAGAUCCCGGUGCUUUCAUUUUACUGAACCGAGCGAGGAACUUACAUCUGUGCAGGAGUAAAUUGGACUAUCAUCCCUUCUCAUCACAACAUUUCACCAAAACAUCCAUCAGAACCCGGACCAGAGAGGACUGUAACCAGUUUGGCUUCACCGGAGUUCCAGAGCAAAUAUGCCGCAGGUGGAAACGAUCCUCUUCUUCCUUAUCCUCAUCAUUGGGAUAUGUGUGUACGGCCAGGACCCGGCUUCCAAAGUGGUGUCCGACCGCUACGCCGUCUACUGGAACAGGACCAACCCCAAGUUUUACCGUGGUGAUUACCACAUUGAUGUCUGCAUCAAUGACUAUCUUGAUGUCUAUUGUCCACACUACAUUGGCCCAGUUCCUGAUGAGCGGGCCGAGCGCUACAUCCUCUACAUGGUGAACUAUGAUGGCUACAGCUCGUGUGAUCACACUGCCAAGGGCUUCAAACGCUGGGAGUGCAACAGGCCUCUGUCCCUGAAUGGACCGCUGAAGUUUUCAGAGAAGUUCCAGCUCUUCACUCCCUUCUCCUUAGGCUUCGAGUUUCGCCCUGGCAGAGAGUAUUAUUAUAUCUCCUCCAUCACUGAUGACAAGGGAAGAAGGAGCUGCCUUCGACUCAAGGUCUUCGUCAGGCCUCAAAACAAUUGUGUGAAAAACACCGGGAGUGUGCAGGAAGGGGUCGAUUUUGACGACAACAGCCCCAACUCCCUAGAACCCAGAGAUGGUAUCGGCCACGAGUCACCAGAGCCAGCUCGGAGGGAUGUAAACUCUGCUGGUCAGCGCCAGACUUCAGUCAUCCUGCUUAGCUCUGUUCUCAUAGUUCUGGCUGCCAUCUUGUCUUUAUAGCACCCAGUGUGAGGAAUUUCCAGGAAUGGACUGUCCUGAGUGGACCACAGGCCACUCUACCUGGCAACCCUCUCCCCCUCAAGGAGCACUUUUUAAAACAAAACAAAACACUGACAGUAUCUCUCUGUAAAAGAGUGAGGAAGGGACUUCGGCAUUGAAGCCUUUGUUUUUUGAGUUUGGAAAAUGCCAACUCGUCUGAUUCUUGACUUUCCAGUGGGUGCUGAUGGUCGAGGCACCCUGGGGUGAAAGGGUCUCUUACCCAUUUGCCUGUAUACCAUUAACAGUAUGAGGAUAUUUCACAUUUAUUUGUGACAAGCACACAUACAUGCUUUCAAACAUAUACACGCAUUCAAUACAAACUCCACAAUCAGCACACUCUUUAGCUCAAAUGACAAAGAAGCACAGCAGGAUCCCUUAAAACGUUUACAGACUUUUAACAUUUUUUUGUGUUCAGGAACAUCAUGUAACCCCCGACACACAACAUGAUUAACUGUCAUGUUAAACUGGACGAGGUUUCCAAGAAGAUCCGGGAGAAACACCAUACAUACGGGCCAUUGUAAAGGAAAGCAAGCAGGAUGUUGUUGCUAGGAGACUGUUGCCACUGGCAAGUGGGGUAUGGGGUGGGCAUUGAAUGACUUAACCUUUCUCUCAGGUUAAAAGGAUACAUUGUGCCACCCCUAAUUUUCACUGAAUGUAGCUGCAUUGCGUUAAAUGUGCAACCCAAUUUUGAUAUAUCCUCUGCACCUUCAUCCCCCAAACGGAUCUGUCUGCAGCACGGCUCGCUGUGGUUCUGAUUUUUCAUGUAGGACAUUGUUCUUCAUUUCUGAGCUUUGACAGUAAGUAGGCUUCGUAGUUAAAUGGCUUCUUUUGUUAUCUAUUAUUUGUGUUUAGUUUUUAUUUCUUAUUUUUUGUCUGUAGCCUACAGACAAACAUUGAAUUUAAUUUAACAGUUAUGUCGUUAUGAAACACAAGUCAAAGAUUUGUGGCUGUGUUUCAGUUGUUAAAAGUACAUUCAUCCUAAUCAUUUUGAAGCCCAUCUAUAUCUAUUUGUAGCCUACCUUGUCAGAUGCGUCCCAGAUGUGGCAUCUGUCAAAAAUAGACUUGAUGUGUAUCUUUAGCGAAGCGCACCAAAGUGCCACAUGUGGGACGGAUCAGAGACGGAAUGCAGCUGGACCUGGUGGGAACACAGCCAACGACUAGACUAACAGGGAUCAGCCUGGCGAUCGCGUCACAGACAGAAUGCACUGUAGCCACAUCCAGUGGAAAUUAGGGGUCAGAUUAUGGACGACCCAUGUUGACAGUCAAAAAAUAAAAAUAAAAUUUAAAAAUAUAUAAAUUAAAGAAGCACUCAUCUAGUAAUGUUUGGAAAAGGGUGAUUCAAUGAUCAGUUAAAGUAUUUGUUUAUUUUAAUAAAUCACAUAAUUCAAUACAAGAGCCUACAUGGGUGUACAGUAAAAUAUUUGAACGGAGUGGAGAAUUGGUUAAGGUAUUUUGCCAGGCAAAAUGUAUUUUCUUAUUUAUUGUGAAGUCCUUGUGGUUUUCUUCUGUUCUGGUCUAGUCUGCAAGUACAGUAGAAAGGCAAUAAAAAACACUUACCCAUUAAGGCAGUUCAUAUUACACACCAUUCAUUUGAUACAAUCAUACAGAAACACUGAGUAUAGUUUAUGUAUUGCUUGGAUCGAUUGUUGAUGAUAAAUUUUAAUUACUUUUUAAAAAAUGUCCAGGAAGAAAAAAAAAUGUCUGAUGUGCUUAUCAGGGUGUAGAAAUAGAAGAAUAUUUGUGCUUCAAAUUUGUCUUUAAUGAAUGUCACAAAUGUAGUUUUACUAUUACACUAUUGCUUUUGUGAAUCACUGUCAUAAUACAGCUAUUGUAAAUAGAGGCGAAUGCCCCACAAAGUUCAGGGAUGUGUCCAUGCCUAACAUGAGGUUAAAAAACAAUUUUAGUUUUCUCUUUUUUUGGUGGGGGGGGGGCUUAAAUAAAGUAGCACAUGAUUUCUAUGGCUUAAGACCUUUCGGUGAGACAGCGACCGAGUUACAGGAGCAGGUGGUAGUCGUGUGUGCAAGGUGGGGCGGAGGGUUGUGUGUGAUUCGGUUGCAUUCUUUGAUGUCGUGUUAAGUGGCGUCUGUACAGAAAAUACACUGGGGGCACCCUCAUACCAGUUAUUUCUGGAAUGAAAAAUCGACCAAUAAACAGAGUGAGGUGUCCUGUUCUCUCAGAGGCGAACUGAAAUUCUAGCACCAGUGGACCUGAGAGGGAAAGACAAGGCGAGUGAGAUGUGAAGCAUUGUAGUGCUUGUUCUGAGAUCAAUACUCAUGUUCUUCUUCUUCUUUUUAAACAGGAACAUGCAGUAAACACAUCCUUUUCACUCAUCACUCUCAGCAGCACUGUUACCUUCACAUGCACUCACUACCAAAUUAAACUGCAGCCCUGCUAGUUUUC